AUAUUUUAGACAAAGAUUAAAGGAGACGUGGGAGGGGUAAAACAAUAAUUUCUCGGGAGUGCAACAUGAAGUGUGUCUCUGCAAGUGUCACGUUAACUUGUCGGCACUGUGGAGAAGACAACAACGUUCUCUUUUGUUUGUUCACAUACAUCGUUUUAUAAACAGUCUUAUUCUUCUCUGUUCAACAAUAUGCCUCCUGUCCGAAUAUCUGUUUCUCCUUAAAUUCAAUUUGAGCUAAUGCUUUUGAGAAACCUUUGACACCAAGUAAAUUUUUUUUCUUUCUUAAACUAUUUUGUUUCAAAUCUUGGAGACAAGACUUCAAUCCAGUUUUCUAGGGAGAUCUUGAUCAGUUUUUAGGAAGGAUUUGCGGCUUUUUAUUUUUUUCCCUAGAAUCACACUAUUAGUAGUAUCUGAUAUGUAGUAUGAUUAGUCGAAUCUGAAGUUUUCAGGACAAUGGUACUGAGAGAUUUGCACCUCAAUAUGUACCCCCUAGUGAUUUGAUAUGCUCAUUGUUUGAAUAGUUAGUUUAUAUUUCCAUUCAGAUUUUGGUUGAGUGAAUUUUCAGAGUUGUAUAUCAGAAGGUGAUGGUUGUGCAACAAUGGGAAAGAAGAAGGGAUUAUUCACUAUAUUGAAAAGGAUUUUUAUUUCAGAAUCUCACUCAGAUAAGAAAGAGAGGAGAAGAAGAUGGACAUUUUGGAAGCUUAAGGUUAAUAAAAGAUUACCUUCCAUUACAGCACCUCCAGAGAACGGGACAAGACACGAGGAACACAAGGAGGAAAGUGUGUCAGACGUGGAUGAAGUCAGCCAAGUAUCCUGUAGUGGACAGUUAGAUUCCAUAGAAAAAAUAGUAACUGGUGAUCUGGUGGCCCAGUAUCAAAUGUUUCUAAACGGAGAGGAAGAAGUUCUUGCUUCUACUCGGAUUCAGACAGCUUUCCGAGGUUAUCUUGCAAGGAAAGCACUACGUGCGUUGAAGGGAAUAGUGAAGCUCCAAGCAUACAUUAGAGGUCGUUCCGUGAGACGCCAAGCAAUGACUACACUAAAACGGUUGCAAUCUGUUAUGAACAUUCAGUCGCAGGUCUGCGGUAAGCGAACACAACUUCCCCGAUGUAAUCAAAGAGAUUAUGACGAAGACUGCAAGAAGAUGUUCAGCGACAACAUACUCAAGGUGGACACAAACGGUCACAAGAGAUGGGACGAUAGUCUUUUAACAAAGGAAGAGGCCAAAGCCGUGGUCAUGAGCAAGAAAGAAGCUGAGCUAAGAAGGGAAAGGAUCAAAGAAUAUGCAGUCACCCACCGGAAAUCCGUAGAGUCGUACCAGAGACGGAGUAGCUGGUUGGAGGAAUGGGUAGGUAUACAAAGAACCAAGAGCAAGGAGCUUGAAGAUCUCAACUUGUCUUUAAAACCAAAACCAAAACCAAAGGAUGAGAUGCUGAACAAAACUCCAAGAAGAUUUUUGACUAAAAAUAAUAAUAAUCAUAGAAGACAAGUUUCGAUAAGUGAAGAGAAGGAACAGAACCCUGGUGGUGCGGUCGCUGUCGUUACACCAACUUAUAUGGUUGCAACAGAGUCAGCAAAGGCAAAGUCAAGAUCUCUCAUGAGCUCCCCGAGGAUAAGAUCGAGAAGUUUUGACACGCAGUUAGAGAGUUACUCCCCGUAUAAGAACAAGAUGUGCCUAAAGAGUUCGGUAAUGAAUCAUACGUUAUUAACAUCCUAUACAUAUGACUAGGGAUGUUGUCAUGGGCAAAAAAACCCGACCCGGCCCGAACCCGAAUUAAACCCGCCCAGAAAAUACCCUAAACUAAAAAACCCGAAAAAAUCCGGUAUCAUUAGGGUAACCCGCAAAAAACUCUAUAACUUUAGGAUACCCACGGGUAACCCGCGAAAAAUCCUCUCUAUAUUUUAAAUUUUUGUAGCUUUUUAGUUAAAGCUUUAUUAUAGUGUUAAAUUAAUUUAUAUGUAUUGAAUAUUUAAUUUUAAUCAUGUUUUGUAUACAAUUUGAUUAAUUUUCAAUUUGCAAAUUUACUUUCUGUAAAUAGUAACAAAUAAAAUUUUCAACAUUCAUAAUUUUCAAUUUGCAAACUUAUACUAUAUG